AAUAAGUUGUCGGGAAAGGAAUGUUAGCGUAUCGCGAGAAUUAGGAGGUAUAUUGACUUAGCUGCUGAAAAUAACGCUGUUGCCGGCCUCCGGUGACCUAAAUUUGACCAUAGGGAGACGAAGACGCUAAUGACAAGCAGAAGCGUUAUGUGGAUGGAUGUGGCGCAAGCGAGUCUGUGCAGUUGCAGGAUGUUUCACCAAAACUUUCAGCGGACAAACAAAUCCGAUUUCCCACCGUUGCUGACCAGAAGAAAACUGAAUUCGAAGGAGAAGAAGAAGCACAGUCAUCAGCAUCUCCAACCCCAAUUCCGAUCUCAAUCGCAGCAUCUCUGCUCACCUCUCCGAUUACGAUGCUGCGCCCCCGGAGCCUCUGUAACUUGUGAGAAACAAAGCGUUCGCUUCCACAGUCUCAUCGUGUUGGAAUGGGACAAGCUCUGCAAUUUGGUGGCUUCCUUCGCCUCUACUUCCUUGGGCCGCCAAGCCACUCUUUCACAGUUAUGGACUCUCGACAACAGCUACGACGACAGUUUGAUGCUCUUGCAAGAAACUAACGCUGCUCUGCAAUUGCGCAGUCACGGUGGCUGCCGUUUGGACUUUUCCGGCCUCGACCUCGUUUUGGUGGAAUCUGCUAUACAACAUGCUCGUAGGAGUCUGCCGAUCAGUGGAGCUGAAGCCAUGGCGGUUGGAGCUCUGCUUGAUUCUGCUCUUUGCUUGCAGCUUAAUCUGAAAUCUGCAAUCAAGGAAGAUGCCGAUUGGUACCGCCGUUUUCUGCCUCUUUCACCAGUGAUUAUGGCAAUGGUCAUAAAUGGAUCUUUGGUUAAAAUGAUUCAGCAAGUGGUUGAUGAAGAUGGUUCAGUCAAAGAUUCUGCUAGUUCUGCUUUAAAACGAUCACGUGGUCAGGUCCGCAUGCUUGAGGAGAAGUUACACCGGUUAAUGGACGUCUUAGUCAGGAAUCAGACGACUGAUACUUCCUUGCUGGAAGCAAGUAGCAUAGAUGGAAGGUGGUGCCUGAAAUCGGGGCCUGGUCAGCUAGUAACUGUUAAGGGCCUUUUGUUAUCCAGGGAAUCAGGCAGAGGAAGUAUUAUAGAGCCGCUCUCUGCAGUUCCUUUAAAUGACGAGUUGCAACAGGCACGACUAUCAGUGGCAAAAGCAGAAGUCGACGUGCUUUCUAUGCUAACAGAAAAGGUUCGAGUCAAUCUUGAUGACAUCGAGAAAGUGUUGAAGAAUGUGAUUCAACUGGAUGUGAUAAAUGCUCGAGCAAGUUAUAGUCAUUCAUUUGGAGGUUCCUGCCCUGUCCUGUAUCCCCCGGAAGAAAUGGAUGAAUCAGUUGCUUCCUGUUCUUAUUUAUUGGAAAAGAACACAUCAAAUUGCAAGAAGAGAGAGUGGAUAUUAUAUAUGCCUGAAGCUCAUCAUCCUCUGUUGCUUCAGCAGCAUAAGCAACUCCUUCAGGAGAGAAAGAAGGCCAGCAGAAAUGCUUCCAUCAUAAAAGUGCAAAGAGAUAGUGUCUCACAGAAAGGAGAAGCAAGAGUCAUAGAUUCGUCAAUGCAAGGGCAGACCUCCGGAUUGCAACAGCCCCCUCCAGUUCCCGUUGAUUUCUUUAUAGAGAAAAGAACAAGAGUCCUUGUUAUAACUGGCCCAAACACUGGGGGUAAAACGAUCUGCUUAAAGACUGUUGGAUUGGCUGCAAUGAUGGCUAAGUCAGGACUUCAUAUUUUAUCUUCGGAAUCUGUACAAAUUCCUUGGUUCGAUUCUAUUUUUGCUAACAUUGGUGAAGAACAAUCUCUAUCAGAAUCAUUGUCCACCUUCUCUGGCCGGUUAAAACAGAUAAGUGAAAUUCGAUCUGCAUCAACAACCCAAUCAUUGGUAUUACUUGAUGAAGUUGGCGCUGGGACAAAUCCCCUUGAAGGUGCUGCUCUAGGAAUGGCAAUGCUGGAAUCUUUAGCCAAUUAUGGUGCCUUGCUGACUCUAGCUACAACACAUCAUGGCGAACUAAAAUCACUUAAAUACAGUAAUGAUGCCUUUGAAAAUGCAUCUAUGGAGUUUGAUGAAGAGAAUUUGAAGCCGACUUAUAAGAUUCUGUGGGGAGUACCAGGCCGAUCCAAUGCCAUAAAUAUUUCUGAAAAGCUAGGAUUGCCAAGCACCAUCGUUACUGAAGCUAGACAACUUAUUGGUGCUUCUAACGAGGAGAUUAAUGAGGUCAUUGUUGGCAUGGAGCAUGCGAAGCAUGAUUUUCGAGAACUUUUAAGUGAGGGCAAACAUCAUAUCAUGCUCUCAAGAAACAUGCACAAACAUUUAUUUAUGGCGAGAAGUAAGAUCAUGGAGCAUGCUACAAGGCAAAGAUACAGCAAGGUCCGGGAAAUAACUGAAGCUGCUGCUUCAGCACGUUCUGUUCUUAGAAAGAAAGUGCGAGAGUUUCAAGCUUCUGCAACACAGCCAGCUACAGCAAAGAAAAGAGUAUUGGUGGCAAGUGACAAACAGCGCAUUACCUCCGAGGACCAAAAACUUCAUGCUAGUAAUGAAGGUUUGUCGCCAAGCAAACCUCUUAAGCAAUUGCCUUCUUCAGAGAGGAUUGGGCUUCCUGAGGUGGGUGAGCUGGUGCAUGUUUCCAGUUUAGGGAGGAAAGCGUCAGUUGUGAAGGUGGAUACUGGAAAAGAAGAGAUAGUGGUUCAAGCGGGUAACCUGAAAUUGAAGCUAAAAUUAGGUGAUAUCCAGAGUUGAAUGAGGUACGUUUUCCUAGUGGCUUCCCACGGGUGGCCUGCAAUAGUUGGUAUCAGCGCAAGUGCUCCUCCAACUUAUUCAAACUUGGACAAGCAGAAAUGAAGACAAGCUGCAUCCACUGAUCUGCAUCACGGAUCGAUAAUUGUCAUGGCAAUGAUCAGGUCAGAGAGGUUGAAGCAAUUGGAUGUAAAGCAUCACAUCACAGCUGAAGGAACACCAUAAGCGGGCGGUGAAAGAUCUCACCAAAUCCAAGAGACAUUAACAUGUCGAACAAAGAUAAUAUGCUAAUGUCGCAUUUACCCUAGAAAACUAUAGUACUGUAUAUCCAGCUGUCCAGUUGUGUUAUCGUCUCUAAAGUGCCGAGUUUCUUAUCAUGCUUGGAAGAGUGCACUCUAAUUCUUUUAUGUUCUAUAGUUGUGACGCUACUGCUGCUACUACUAGUACUAAGACUAGUUGAUACUGUGAAGUGCAGGUGGCUACUAUUAUUUCAAAUCAAACUCGGUGUUGGGAGGUGGUGAGCUGACAAUGAUCGGGGUCCUGGUGGUUCAUAAGAACAUGGCCUCCAUCCUCACCAUCUCCGGCUGAGGUGGCACCAGGAUCCUCCAAGGUAACGUCCAGGAAGUAGAGCAUGGAGACGAGCACAAAGCAGAGCAAGAACAUGGGAACAGGGCCAAAGAGCCAAAGCAACAAAGGCAGUGAGAAGUAGAAGGCACGCAGUCCCAAUGACCAGAAGUAGCCACCUCUAUUCACAGACCUGGCCACGUAGUCCACGUGAGCAGAAAAGCGAGGAGGAAGCAGAGCAGUAUGGAGAAGAACUUGAGGGAGAGAGCUUCAUCGCUGGC